UGUUUCCUCCCGAGAAAGACUGGAGUUCUGUUACCGACCAAUCCGGUCAAGCGUGAUUACCUACGCCAACCGGGCUCACCGCCUGCCGAAGUGGGAUGAAGAGCCGCAGGGCGUGACCUCGCCGACGUCGGCUUCAAGAUGCUGUCGCUGUCAGAUACCUGGAUUUGAUCUUUUCGGAACUCGACGCGUUUCGACAUUUUUCCCUUUUCCUUUCUUUUCUUCAUAUAGACUAGGGCUCAAGGCGACCGGUGGUUCUAUCUGACCUCGAUUUCGGUUCCCGCGUUGACUGUACUUUAAUACCUCUCCGGCGCAAAGUUACUUCUUGUCCACCCUUUCCAACUCAACUCUCCACUCUUCUCCGAUCUUCCCAACCACAGUCACAAUGUCUUCUCGUCUUGGACUUCGCUUCUUCCAGAACGCCCGCUCGGGCUUCCGCAACUCCGGUCCCUUCCGUCGGCCUGGUGCCCAGGGUUUCCGGUUCCAGAGCUCCGAUGCUGCGGCGGCCGAGAAGCAGAGCACUUUCCAGCGUCUGUGGAACAGCCCGGUCGGUGUGAAGACGGUGCAUUUCUGGGCCCCUGUCAUGAAGUGGGCUCUCGUCAUCGCCGGUAUCUCCGACUUCAGCCGUCCCGCCGAAAAGCUCUCCCUCACCCAGAACGGUGCCCUGAUGGCUACCGGAGCCAUCUGGACCCGUUGGUGCAUGAUCAUCACCCCCAAGAACUACCUGCUCGCUGCCGUCAACUUCUUCCUGGGCUGCGUCGGUGUCGUCCAGGUCACCCGUAUCGUUAACUACCGCCGUAGCCUGGACGGCUCGACGACAGAGGCCGUGAAGGAACUUGAGCACGAGGUCGCCGACUCCGCCAAGGCCGUGGCCGGUAAGGCUGAGAAGGCCGUCGAGAAGUCGACCUGAUUUGUGUGUCGUGUGUUUGAUUCUAAGGGACUAAAUUAGCGUCUUUUUAUGCGGGAUCCUUCUCUCGCUUCAAUGGUAACUUAGUUUCUUCCCCGGAAUUUCUUUCGCAUGGAUAGCAUAACUUGAUAGAUGGGCACCUGUAUGGGGCCUACGCCUUCUUCCUCGGCAAGGAGAGCAGCUGGCAUUUUGUAUAUAUUGAAAUUGAUGUUUAGCAGUUCGUCUGUCAACAUACAACUCGGUCUUAGACUUCUUGUUUUCUCAAGCAUAC